UUUGUUCAUAACAUAAUCUAAACCGGAUUUGUUGUUUAACUGGCCUAAUGUGUCUUCAAAGGUGAGUCCUCAAAGAUACUUGUUAUUCUUGCAGCAAAAUGCCCAACUCAGUUUUAUAUUUAUUUGGAAAUGAUACAAAAACCUUAAAUUAACAAAAAUUUCAGCCAUAAAAUUCAACUAAUCAGUUAGCUUGAAUCAUCCCUUCAUUCAACAAAAAUGAAGUUACAUUCACCAAGUUGUUUCAUUUAUUUUUUGUGUCUUUUGUGCCAAAGUAACCUUUUAUUUGUUUCAUCGAUUCCUCUACAAGUUACAUCCACAUUACCAACUUUAGUAACAAAUGUGAACUCAUCGAUUCCAGAUAAUUUUGGAUCAACUGAAUGGCCAAGAACUGAAAAAGUUGAACCUCGAGGUGCGUUUCCUUGUUUGUUCUGUUUAGAGUAUGGUGAACUUUCAUUUCCCUGGAGAUGUUUUUGGGAUGUUUUUGAGAAAGUCAUCAAAGCCCGUAAUUCCGUGGUGGGAACUAUUUCACGUCCUUUCUAUUGGUCAACUGAUACAUUUUUCAAUGGUUUGGAAACAAUAGGUGCAAAUGCUUUAAGACUCUUCCACAAAACAAGGAAAAUGUUCAAGUCUAAAUGUGAACUAGACUCCAGCUGUGAACUUGAUUAACAUUUGUAGCAAAUUAUAUUCUUAAUUUUUAUGCUGAGAUUGUUCAGUUAACUCCCAUAGUUCAUUUUUGCGUGUAAAUUUGCAAUGAAUUUACAGUAAAAACGAAACUAUUUUGUUGGAUAAAUCAUGCUUUAAUUUAUUAAAUUUACUCCUUACCCUCGAAAAGUAUUAUAAGUAGCUUGGUAGGAAUCCUUUUAAACUUAAUACGACUUCGGGGGAAAUUUUCUGUUCUCCAUUUUUCUGUAUUACAAUGGAACGGAUAUUUGACGGAAAUGAGAACUAAAUUUGACUUUAAGUUAGAAUCGGAACUAAAGUUCAAGUAAGCUGACAAAAAUGACCGAACCAGAUCAGGUUGAACAAGUUAUGGUCAAU